AUGGGUGAUAGAAUGUACUUAAAGAUAGCGCAGCGUAGAGAGAAGAUCAAAGUAUAUAAAGAAAAUAUGCUUGCUGCAACUUAUGAAUAUCGUUUAAUCGUGCGUGACGCUAUUUCAAAUCAUCAAGCCAGACGUAAUAGCUCAUUUUUUGAAGAUAAAAUAGUUAACAAUGCACCUAUAGAAACAACUGGACCUUUUGCUGGAUAUACAGCAUUGCAUAUAGCUUGUAUGGAGGGAAAUAUCGAAUUUGUAAAAUUAUUAGUUGUAGAUUACCAUGCAAAUGUAAAUGCUGUUGCUGACGAUGGAGCUCAACCUAUUCACUUAGCGUGUUUUUUCGAAAGUGAGAUACCUUGGGGAAUUAUAGAUAUUUUGAUAACAGCUGGUGCCAAAAUUAAUGCUGAAAUAGACCAAAAACUUUUUACAAAAUACAUGAAAAGGGAUACGUGGCGCAACGAUUUUGGGAAUAAGAUUAGUUUGUUUGCUUUUUCAUUGAUAUAUGGUAAUAGUAUGUUCUUGAUGUUACCAUUAUCGUUUAUCAAAGACAAAGCAAGUUUGAAAGUUAAAAGUCUGAAAAAUAAAACACUGUUGAUGUAUGCCAUUGAAAGUGAGGAGCAUGCAAUCGCCUUGUUACUUAUACAAAAAGUACAAGAUCAUGAAUGGAUAAACGCCCGUGACAGUAAUGGUUAUCAUGUUACCCACUAUAUAUUAGAUCCAAAAAAUUUAGAAAAUGAUCGACACUUGGAUAAUCACCACGAAUCGUUGAGUGAUAGGGUUACUGCAGAAUUGAUUCGCAUUUUACUUAAAGCCGGUGCUGAUGUUAACGCAACCAUAAAUAAUGAUCCGAAUACUCUAUUACUCAAUAUUGCAGCUUGCAAACAUUUUCCACUUACACUGGAUAAUUUAUUGCCUUAUUAUUACAAUAUUUCAAAAUCAAGGGCUUUGCAUUACGUAUUACGUCCACUUACAACUCCAGAGACAGAAUCCAGUAAUAAUGAAAAUAUAAAAUGUAUCAAGUUGAUUUUAAGAGACCUUAUUACGAGACGUACGUUCGGUUUAUUCGUUCCUGAAGAUGAAAAAAUGUUGAUGGACAAGUUAAUUGCUAAAAACAUAUAUUUCAGGGAGUACGCACACACCUACGAACAAAAUAUUAUUCAAGGGGAGUUAAAAACAAGGGUGCUUAAAUAUGAUGACAAAAGUAUCACGUAUUAUGAAUUCAUAAAGUCAUGUUUUAAUGAUAAACAAUUACGAUUGAUAGUAAAAAAUAAAUCCUUAAUAGAUGCGUUCAAGAAUACCUUUCCAAACCCUAAUAUUUCUUUUUUUUCUAAUAAAUUUUUUGAUAAGCCUGAACUUCAAUCUCAUCCUAUGGAAUAUUAUGAUGAAGCUGAUUAUUUUUUCUUCUGGAAACAAAUUUCAAUUAGAAUAGAAAAAGCUUCAAGAAGACUUGAGCAGUUAGAAGCAUUAGAAAGAGUAGAAAAUCUCUGUAAAGCUAUCCCUUUACCAUAUGAAUUGGUAAUAACGAUAGUUGAAUAUAUUAAUUAUCAAGACUUUAAAAAUUUUAUUCAGGCUUUUUAUUUAUAA